AUGGAUUUGUUGAGAAGAGAAAUUUUUACUGGGGGAUUUUUCUUUAUGUUUGUCGAAAUUAUAAGAUAUGGAAUGUUAUACGUUCAAAGGAUAUUCCAAACAUUCCACUUUAUGCUUUUGAUGCGUGAGGCCAACUUCAUUAAUUCGAUCCUAAUAAAUGAUCUUGAAGGCGUCACACAAAGGGUCGUAGUAGCGUGUUGUUUGACGACAAUCCGACAUCUCCAAGCAAAUAAUGAACAACAGCUACAAUUAGAAGUAGAUAAUGAACGACAGCAACUAAUAUUAGAACGAGAACUAAGAAUAAUACACACGUAUAAUGUACUUCAAAUUAAUCUCUCAAACAUGGAAAGAGACGAAGUCAAAAGAAUUCUUCAAAAGUUCAUGAACUUACGUUUUACAACUGCAAGCAAAAUAUGUUUCAAGAAGAACAAGAACCUUUGGUUGCCCGCAGAUGAGAUUAAAAAUUACAUGCCUUGUUACAUGUACAAAGAAGUCCAUCUAGAAGACUGGAACGAUGAAGGAUAUAUUUAUUAUAACAAUAUUUUAGUGGAUAUUAUGUAUUUAUUGAUUCUUCUCUUGAACCUUUAUGUCUUGUUGUGUUGA